AUGCGGUCCUCGUGGCUGAGUCUCGCCCCGUUCCUGUCCCUUGCGGCAGCCCACUUUACCCUCAACUACCCCUCCAGUCGGAACUUCGAUGAGAACACCAUGCCCACCUUCCCUUGCGGCGGUGAACCGCAGUCGUCCAAACGCGUCGUUCUCUCUCUGACAGAGGGCUCCCUGCCGGUGGACAUUACCCUACACCACACGCAGACCGCUGUGACGAUCCUGCUCGGUCUGGGCAACGACGUUGGCGACAACUUCAACAUUACCCUCGUGCCCACGUUCGGCGUCACCGGUCUGGGCAGCUUCUGCCUGCCCCAUGUGCCUCUGGACGAGAAGACGCUGGGCACGGUGCUGACGGACGGCGCCAACGCGACCCUGCAGGUCCAGACGAAUGGUGACCCCAAUGGCGGAUUGUACGCUGUAAGUUUACUCCAGACUCUCAAUCGGCGUCUAGCGUUCCCUGCUAACGAGGCUUCUCAGUGCGCGGACCUCACUUUCUCGUCCACGGUGAAGUCGGACAAUCCGACAUCGUGCACGAACAACAGCGGCGUCCACGCGACUGUCUUCACCGGUGCGGCGGCUGCCCGUCCCGCGAACUUGUCGACUCCAGACGGCCAGGCGCAAAGCGGCUCUUCCAGCUCUUCCAGCUCUUCCAGCGGAUCGACCGGCGGAUCGUCGACCGGAACAUCUACUGGAUCCUCGACUGGAUCCUCGACUGGGUCGUCGACUGGAUCGUCCACUGCCUCGGGUGCUUCUUCUACCGCGAAGACUGGUGCAGCUGCACGCCUGCAGACCGCUGCCUGGGGUGUCCUGGGCGCGGCGUUCGCUGCUGGUCUUGCUGUUCUCUAG